UGGUUUCACAUCACUGUCAUUGUGAGCAUCGGACUGCUGAGUAUUCUCCUCAUCUCCCUGCGCUUCAACUCACCGUCACCCUGGAUAGAGGGGAGAGAGAACUUACUGGAUGAACUCGUUGAAUUGACACUUCAGGGCUGGAUGCUUCACGACAAGAGUCUCUACCGUGUUUCUACUACUAAGAAGGGCUGGAGGGCCAGUAGAGAAGACUGUCAGAAGAAAAAGGCAGACCUGGUGGUCAUCAACAGCAGAGAAGAACUGGCGUUUGUCAGCAGAUUGAUGGGUUCUUCCUGGAUUGGACUGAGUGAUCGAGAGAAGGAGGGGACCCACAAGUGGGUGGAUGGUACCCCCAUGACCUCAAGUUGGAGACACGUUAAACCACGCGAUGACGGCGGAGCAAGAGACUGCGUCUUAGCAGGGGAGGACGGCUGGUCUGAAGAGCCGUGUAACAGACUGCACCACUGGAUCUGUGAGAAGGUCCUAGACCUGGAUCAUCUGGAGGCUGAGCGGAACAAAGAGGGUCCGUAGACUUUGUUUGUGUUCAUGAGUGGAGAACGGUUCCUCCUUUCUGUUCUCUGUGCCGUAGAUACAGU